AUGGAUCAAGUUAUACAUGUUGCGGUGGCGGCAGCCUCCUUGGGAUGUGUUUCAACCCUUUUGCUGGUUUUCAUGUGGCGUUGGUGUCAUCACAAGAAGGAGCACAGAAAUUUUGUUGAAGCCAAUAACUUGACCAGAAUGGAGAGUCUCCAAGAAGGAAUUGCAAAACUACAUGAACAACAACCUGCAGUCUAUCACCAAUUUGACCACAAAAGCAAAAACAAAGGCAACUUUUAUGUCUUUCAUAACGGGGUAUCUGGAAGGGGACAUUUGUUCAACUGGGAUGAUCAUCCCUACCUUGUUGUUGAUGCUGUGGAAAAUGGGUGGUCCAGAUUUGCUUUUACUAACUACAAGAGCAACAUUCCGUCUCCUUCAAAGAGAUCAAGUCUUUUAGGAGCAUGUGCUGCUGGUGCUGGUGAGUAUGGAAGAGGAAGUGAGGCUGAGAUAAGUUGGGAAGUGUGUAAUGGAUCAGCUGAAUAUAUGCAGAAGGUUAGGCUCAAUCCUGGGUUCAAAAAGGUUCUUCACACAAACAACUCUUUCAAUAUGAGUGUUGCUUCUGUUAUCAGGACUUCUCUACCUCUUCCUGGCCCUCAUUUGGGAAACUAUGCCUUCCCACAAGAAGCCUAUUUUGAAAUUACCAUAUUGUGUUCUGGUGUUGGUGAUCAUGAAUCAGUUGUUGGAAAGAAAGAAGGCGAGAAGACAAAACUCCUCAUUGAAGAUAGUUCAAAAGGUAUAGGUGAUUUGAAUAUGGUUGAAGAAGUGAAACUUGGCCAGAAAGAGGGUGGUGGAAAGAGUGGAUCUGUGAUGUUCUCAUUGGGGUUAGCAGCAGGAGGAGGUGUUCCUUUAAGAGUUCCAGGUAGCUACCCUAGGAGCAUUGGAUUCAACUCCAAUGGUUCUGUCUUUCUAGAAGUGCGAAACUUGGUUACAGGAAUGAAACUUGUGAUGGAAUCUGAGAAGGCACAAUGGAUAGGAACUGAAAGGGUAAUUGGAUGCGGGUUUGAUCCGAGGCAGAAAAAGGUUUUCUUCACAUUGGACUCAGAAUUGGUGCAUGUCAUCCACUGCCAAUCAGAAGAAUUUGGCACUCCACUCUGUCCAACUUUGGCUGCAAAUAUUGACAUUCAGGUUUUAGUUAAUUUUGGACAAAGUGCAUUCAAAUAUGCACCUGCAAAUGCACAAAGAACACCAAAUCCAUGCUUCAAAGCCCCACUUGUAAAUUCCCCUGGUGCUACCCUUGGCUAUGAUGACAGCAAGGAGCUCUUCUCCAUGGGAAGGAUUGACUCUCAAUGGCUUAAUAGAUCGGCAAACAAAGGAAAUCACCCCAAUGGGAAUAACAGUCAAGUCUUAGAUUUUGAUGAGUCAGAGGCUGAUCUAUUUGAAAUAGUCUUGGAUGGUUCAGAAAAGUGUCAAAACAUUGUGUCAUAG